AUGGCUACGGCGCUUCGAAAUGUUGUGGUGGUCGGUGGCUCGUAUGUCGGACUGAGUGCAGCCAGGGAACUCGCCAACCUCCUUCCCGCAACCCACCGUGUCGUCCUCGUCGAACCCCACAGCCACUUUCACCACCUCUUCGCCUUUCCCCGUUUCGCCACGACGCCCUCCCACGCCCACAAAGCCUUCAUCCCCUACACCUCCACCUUCACCACCUCCCCCAAUCCCACUCACCACCUCCUGCUCCACGCCCGCGCCCUCACCCUCCACCCCCACAGCCUAACCCUCGACCGCGCAUGGCACGGCUCCCAUACCCUCCCCUUCGACUACCUCAUCGUAGCCACCGGCACACACCUCUCCCCACCAGGCACCAUGCCGACCGACGACAAGGUCUCUUCGGUGGAGUUUCUGAGGCGGUAUCAGAAGGGGGUUGAGGCGGCGCGGGAGGUGGUAAUUGUAGGCGGGGGUGCCGUGGGCGUGCAGAUGGCGUGUGAUGUGAAGGAGGGGUUUCCGGGGAAGAGGGUGGUGCUGGUGCAUUCGCGGGAGAGGUUGAUGAAGGGGUAUCAUGGGAAGUUGAGUGCGUUGGUGAGGGGGAGGUUUGAGGAGUUGGGGGUGGAGGUUGUUAGCGGGAGUAGGGCGGUCGUGCCGGAGGGGGGGUGGCCGUCGGUCUUUGGGGGAGGUGGUGAUGGGGAGAAGGUGGAGGUAGGGCUGCAGGAUGGGCGGGUGGUGACGGGGGAUUUGGUGAUUCCUGCGACGGGGCAGACGCCGAAUACGGGGUUUGUGGCGGGUUUGGAGGGGGCGGAUGAGCUGGGGAGUGUGGUUAACCCGCAGAAUGAGUUUGUACGCGUGCGGCCGACGAUGCAGUUCGCGGAUGGGCGGUAUCCGCACCUCUUUGCGGUGGGGGAUAUUGCGGACUCCGGCGCGCACAAGGCCGCGAAGCCGGGCAUGGUGCAGGCGGCGGUGGCGGCGAAGAAUAUCGCGAGCAUGGUGGCUGGACGUGAGGCGGCCGAGGAGAUGAGCCUGACGCCCGCGGGGAUCCAUCUGACGUUGGGGCUGACGCGCAACGUUAUCUUCCGGAACCCCAACAUUGCCGCCGGGGAGACUGAGCCGUACAUAGAGCUCAAGGAUGACGGCCGCGAGGAUAUGAACAUCGAAAGGGUCUGGACGAUUCGAGGCGUCACGGCCAAGAGUCCACAGGAUUAUCACCUGUGA